AUGAACGAGGAGCUCACCGAGCUGUGGGGCAAAGCUAAAGCUGCAUUUGAGCAAUGUUUGCAGUCAUUAAAAGCAGAAGAUGAGGUAGAGGCAGUAAAAGCCAAGUAUUCGGCCACUUUUAAAGACUAUCUCUCUUGUAAAAGUUGCAUUACAGAGUGUAUGCGAAAAUUCAGUGGCCCUUCACUUUCACCUCCACACUAUCCUUCCCAAGCAGCCAUUUCUGCAAAUAAUUUGCAACUACCACCUUGCGAUACGGAAGUUUUUAGGGGCGAUUAUUCAUCUUGGCCAACAUUUCGCGAUCUUUUCACCGCAAUAUACUUUAGUAACACGCGUUUAAGUAAUGUAGAGAAAUUAUUUCACUUGCUUCGAAAAACAAGUGGGGAAGCCAAAGAAAUAGUUAGCAAAUCUCCGCUAACCAAUCAAGGCUUUGAUUUGGCAUGGGCCAAUCUCAAAGCCACCUUUGAAAAUAAACGUGUGUUAGUCAAUGGUCAACUUAAGUUGUUGUUUGCUUUACCAGUCAUUCGUACUGAGAGCGCAUCGGCAUUAAAAAAUAUCCAAAGGAGCAUCAAUGGGUGUUUAGCAGCAGCGGACUUUGGAAUCAAUCACCGAUGUUAG